AUGCACUCAAGAGAUUUUGCAUCCCAGGCUAUGCAUCAGGCAAGCAAGCAGUUUCCAAAGGCAUUUGAGGGGCAAAGAAGGCCAAAGAUGAAGAUUCCCGACUUUCCUUCUGAGAUUGAGAAGGACCAGGCGUCCUUUUUUUCCUUUGACACAUCGAUUCAGCCGCCUCCGCUUAGCACAACAAACUGCUUUAUUACUGAGACAACAAAUACAGAUCCCAAUCUACUGAGGUCUACCAUGUACACUCUUCCAACAGAUACGGACACGUUUGAGUCGAUGGAGAUUCCUUUUGGGCUUGUUCUCAAUCCCUUCAACCAGAAGGCCAUGGCUACUGAGCUAGAUAAGGAUAUUUCGGCAAGAUGCUGGCAGUGUCAAAGCUAUGUCAAUAUAUUCACCAAGAUUGAGGGAAAUGUUUUCUAUUGUAAUAUCUGUAAUUCAAAAAAUCAGGUAAAGGAAGGAAUAAGCAAUGAGAUCACAAGAUACUCCACAAUAGAAUAUGUUACCAGGAAAAAGAACGAAGAAAGGGUCGUAAAAACAGAAUCGGGAAACAUGGUUUCUGAAAACUUGUUCAGGACUACUAUGGUUUAUGGUCCGGUGUUUAUUUUUGCAAUUGAUACAACUACUCCUAUAUUAAUGGAGAAUGCAGUGAAGGCUAUGGGGCAUCUCAUAAGGGAUGAAAACUUCCAGUUUCUAUUCAAGAAGAUAGUGGUUGCUUUGUUUUCAGAUACCGUCUCAUUAGUUAGGUCAUCAGGUGGGGUAAUAACAGAAGUCCUGCUAUCCGAUAAGCUCCAGCUUCCAUUUAUUUCUCCAGAGUUCUUAAUGGACGUUGAAGAUAGCAAGGGGAUGGAGCUAUUAGUGGAAUAUGCCUCAAGAAUACCUUUAAGCAAAGGAGGGGCUGGCAACGGAUUUGCUGAUUGCCUGAAGGUUGGGAUCUCGAUAACGGGAUACUGCAGAGGUUCAAAGAUGGCCGUGUUUACCAAUGCCCAGGGCAAACUAGAUUACGAGGAGAUGGCAAAACAGCUUAUUGAAGUGGGGUGUACUCUGAAUACCUUUUCUAUGCAAAAGAUAUCUGCACCCAGGCUAUGCUCCUUGACUACUGGUAGAAGUUUUGUAUACACAUCCGAAACUAUUGCAAGGCUAACAGCAGACCUGACAAAUCUGGGGACCACAAAAAGUUCCUACAAAGUAAGGGUUGAAGCAAAGACUUCUGACGCCAUAAGAAAGCUAAGCUUCUACGGAAAUACUGCCUUUGAGCAUCUUGGGUUCCAGGACUUUGCACAAAUGGAUGACAAGACCACAUUUGGAAUGACAUUUUCUCUUGAGGAGUCAUUACAAAACAAGUCUAAAGUAUACGUCCAGAUGAUACUAAGCUUCUACUGUUUCGAUGGCUCAAGCCGGGUUCUCGUGAUGAAUACAGGCUUUGAGACAUCAUCAAGGAUUUCGGAGGUUUAUGCAAGCCUCAGCUUUGACACUUUGGCAUGCAUAUAUGCAAAGUAUAUUGCAAUGGACAAAGGCACCGUCAAAGAGCAUAGCAAGAAGGUUGAAAAUUCGAUUAGCCGGUCUCUCAAGUAUUACAGAAGUAGCUGCUGCAAAGAAGCAUCCAGCUCCCAAUUUGUUCUUCCGGAAUCCAUUAAGCUAAUUCCUCUCAUAUACCAAUCUAUGAUGAAGAAUAGCUUUUUUUCUAAUAGCAUAAGCGAAGAUAAUAUAUCUCAGAUAACAAACUUUACUGUCGAACAAAAUCUCAGGUUUUUCUAUCCACGGCUGUUUGCAUUUACCGACUUUUACAUAGACAAAUCUUUGGAGAAGGUCAAGGCUCUUAAGCUUAGUGCAGAGUCCCUCAACUCUGAGGAAAUCUAUGUCCUGGAUAACUCCCAAAAAAUAUAUAUUUACAUUGGGGAAAGCGUAGAUGCAUCUUUAAAGGAGGCUAUAUUUACAGACAAGACAGAAGAAAACGAAGUUCUGCGUAAGAUGAUCGAAGAGUUCUACUCUUACUACGACAGUGAACUGCCGGUUGUGUUUGUAGAAGAAGGAAAAGGAGGGCUUGAAAUUGAGUUUGUUGGAUACCUAGUCGAAGACAGGCUCAACAAUAUACCUUCUUAUCCAGAUUACAUAUGUGAACUUCAUUUCAAAGUUAAGAACGCCUGA